AUGGAGCACGACCCAAGAUGCGGAAACUGUCGGACGCUUAUCGAGCUCGAUGUUGAAGACGGAGAGGCGAUCAUCGUUAAGCACGUUCCACCUCCCCCGAAUUGCCGCGUCUGCGGUGAUGCAAUCACCGCCUUGGGUGAAAUCAAGUGUAUUGUGUGCGAGUUUCCAUUACCCGUUGAUGAUUUCUACGACAGUGAAAGUGGAGACAAUAGCGGAGACGAUGUGAUCGUCGACAAUGCGUUCGAGAACGAAGGGGAUGAGCACAAAGGGGGUCAGCAAGAUCUUGAGGAAAACAGUCCAGAUCACAGCGCGAAAGAAGUGGUGGUCAUGAUCAGCGAUGGUGAGUACCACGAGAGCGAUUUCAACAGCGAGGAGAAAGAUGCAUAA